GAGAGUUCCGAGUUCAGAGCUCCAUGUGGAUGAGUGUGAUGAGUCUGGUGGGUAUGGAGGAGUAUCAGCGCUGAAACUCGCGGAGAGGAGCCGGUGUGAGAGCGCUGGAGCUCGGCUGUACAGAGCUGCAGGUCCGGUGGUGGUGUUGGUGGUGGGUCAGUAGGUAAGAAGGAGCAGAGCGGGACAUGCUGAGGUUUAUCCAGCAGCUUCAUCUCUUCUCCAGCAGCAGCAGCCCGUGCUUUAAACCAGCUCUCACAACCCGAGGUUGCAUCCAGUCAGAAAAGCUCAGUGUUCUCCUGGAGAAGUGCAGGAGGAGGACGAUGAUGAUGCCAGCAGAGGAGCAGAACUCCCCUCAGAUCACCGUGCUGAAAAGAGCACCAGACAGCCCUGGUGAGGAGAAUGAUCACCAGGUUAAGAAGCUGAAAACAGAUGAUGACCAGACUUCUGACGAGAAGAGGUUCCCGAAGAGGAAGGUCGUCCUCCUCAUGGCGUAUUCUGGAAAAGGGUAUUAUGGAAUGCAGAGAAAUUGUGGUAACUCACAGUUUAAAACCAUAGAAGAUGAACUUGUGACCGCUCUUAUUAAAGCUGGAUGCAUCCCUGAGAACCAUGGUGACGAUAUGAAAAAGAUGUCUUUCCAGAGAUGUGCAAGGACUGACAAGGGUGUUUCUGCAGCUGGUCAGGUUGUCUCUCUAAAGCUGUGGUUGAUUGAAGACAUUCUGCAGAAGAUUAACAAGCAGCUCCCAUCACAGAUCAGAGUUUUAGGAUUCAAGAGAGUCACAGGAGGCUUUAACUCCAAAAACAACUGUGACGCCAGAACCUAUUCCUACAUGCUGCCUACUGUUGCUUUCUCUCCGAAAGACCACAACCAGGAGGACAAGUCCUUCCGCUUGGACGCAGAAACCCUUCAGAAGGUCAACAGGCUGUUCAAUCUUUACAAAGGAACCCACAACUUCCACAACUUUACCUCACAGAAGGGUCCGCGGGACCCCAGUGCCAAACGCUACAUCACCCACAUGUCCUGCGGGGAACCUUUCAUAAGAAAGGAUGUUGAGUUUGCGGAGAUAACUGUGCGAGGGCAGAGCUUUAUGAUGCACCAGAUCAGGAAGAUGAUUGGGCUGGUGAUCGCGGUGGUAAAGGGAUAUGCGGGAGAGCAGAUCAUCGAGAGAAGCUGGGGGGAGGAGAAAGUUGACGUGCCCAAGGCGCCUGGGCUCGGCCUGGUGCUGGAGAGGGUGCACUUUGACCGCUACAACAAGCGCUUUGGAGGAGAUGGUCUUCACGAGACCCUGGAGUGGACCCAAGAAGAAGACGCCAUUGCUGCCUUUAAGGAUGCCCACAUAUACCCCAGUAUAGUGGAGACUGAGUGUCAGGAGAAGUCCAUGGUCAGCUGGAUGGCUACGCUGCCCAUUCAUGACUUCGAGGCCACUGAAACGGGCAAGCAGGAAAACAAGGACGACGAUGAAGAUGGGAACGCUUCUGAUUGAAUCAUUUGAAGAGCAACCUUCUUUUAUUUUUUCUUUCAACCUAUGUUUUUAUUUUUACAAUCUGCUGUAUAAAUGAUUUAGUUCCACUCUUUGCUAUAUUACUUGUGAAAUAAACUUUUUAUUUUAUUGAU